GUGUCUUGCGACGGCUGUAUGGCGCCGAAUUUCAGUGGUGAUCGUUACAAGUGUUUACGAUGUUAUGAUUUCGAUUUGUGUGCGCGAUGCUACGCAGAGGAACGUGCCAAUUUGCACGCAAACGUGAACACGUCGUCAUCUUCACGUAACAACUCGGAGACGUUACGUGACAUCUCACGUCAAAAUUUACGAAUGCGUGACUCUAACGACGAACAUUCGCCCACACAUCCGAUGCAGUGUAUCAUGACACAGCAAGAUUUUGAACUAACCUAUCAAGGUGAUCAAUCACAUCAGUGGGACAAAUGGCGUGUGGUGAUUUUUACGUGUCCAGUUUGUGGUCAGCAGGGUUUCUCACGUGCCAGACUCGUCGCACACGUUAUCGAAGAGCACUCUCAGCCAUCCUCCACCCAGCAGCAACACGAAAUGGUCAGAAGUUUUAGCUUGGCCCUUGGUGGUGGCUCAUCGUCGUCGAGUGGUCUACGUGGCAGCAGUGGUGGUGCUCGUGUUGGUAUGAGCACGACACGAGCCGAUCUGGCACGAGGCGUGGGCAAUCAUCGGGCGUUCACAAUUGGCGGAGGACGUGGUCUAUCGGAAUUUUUGCGUAGUGGAAUGGGAAUGGGGUUGGCAGGGCCAGCAGCAGGCGCUUUGCGUGCAGAGUUGCGCAGCGGCAAUGAGCUGCGAAGAGCGCAGGUGUCGUUGUUGACAAGCACGGCCAACAACAACCCAUCAGGUGGCACCAGCAACUCGUCACCACCGUCGCCGUCACGUUUGCUCCUAAAUCAACAACGUAAUCUCAGCACUAAUCAGCAGCAUCGCACUAAUCCGAAUCGCACCACUCAAGAUUACGCACCAAGCCAAGCAACAACCACUACGAAUCGUCGUUUCAACGGAGCAUCGCUUCGAGCUAGCAGCAAUAGCAGUGGCACUAGCACUAGCAGUAUGGCCCAAAGAACAGCAGCAGCAGGCUUCAUGCAACAACAACAGCACAAUAUUUCAGCAUUUGGUCUAGAUUUUCCGUUGUAUUUAGAUUCGGAGUUGGAUCAUAUAGACGGACCGCCACCAUCGAUGUCUAAUAAUAGUGAGAAUAAUAAUCGAAAUGCAAAUGAGAGCACUAAUCCAACAACAGUUUCAAGGGAAGCAAUCGGUCUUCAUAAUAAUAAUAAUAGUAAUAAUAAUAAUACAACGAAUGAUAAUCAUCGUUCUGGCAGUAAUAAUGCUGCAGGAAACGGUUCAACGACCCAUAAUCGAGGUAAUCCAACAGCAAGGACUGUGUCGAAUAAUAGUGGUGACCGGCGUGCAAUUACGACUAGAGAAAGUACGUCGUCUCGACGUGAAACAAGUGCGAUAUUGUCUACUCUUAGCAACAGUGAUAGUAACUGUGGUGAACACGGCGUGCAGCAGCACCAAGGCAGCAGCAGCAGCAGAGCAGUGGCGUCAAGCGGUAAUACGACGGCAGGAUCGAAUCCAAAUUCAGAACGAAAUGCUGCCAAUGGAGAAGAUAAGGAGCGUCGGCACAAUAAUGCAGAAGGCGGCGGCGGCGGCGGAGUGAUCGUAAUGAAUAGUGUGGGACGUGCAGUACUUCGUUUAACGCCAUCACUUCAUUUGCUGUCAUCAUCGAGCCUGGCUCAGGGUACAGGUUAUAAUGUUGGCUCGGAAGAGAGGUUAGCAACGUUACGAGCCGCCACUCAACUUGAGAACGUCACUGGGGGGCAGUCAUCGCUAUUUAGUGGUGCUGGUGCUGGUGCUGGUCUACGACACAGGCAUCGCCAACAGCAGGUGCUGAAUACUAGCUUGGAAACGGAUUCGAAUUCGCUCGAAGAAUGGUUAUCGAAUCGCCACAGAAGAACUACUCGACUUGCAGCAGCAGCAGCAGCAACUGCAGCCGCUGGUAAUGGUUCGUCAUCGGCAUUCGUCGACACGUCAAUGCCAUCGUUUUUGUUGCGUUACGCUCGACGUUAUCAACGCAACCAAACUGGUCUCUUCCAAGAGGCCGGUGCUACUGCAGAAUCACAACAACAAGCGAAUAGUCGUAAUCGUAUCUCAAACCGAAAUCAGAGUAUUGUCCCCAGCAGCCAGCCGGUCGCUACAACAGCAACUCAGGAUCAACGAGGUGUUUCAACAACGAAUUCAAUACAAAUGGUACCAGUGAGUCGUGCAAUCGAAAUAAUCAGACGUUUAGAUGCGCGAAACAGUCAUAAUAUUUCACAUCGAUUGUCACCGUCGGAUAGCCAUUCGAAUAGCAGCCAAACGAAUUCGACGGCCAUUGACUAUUUGAGUUUACUUCGUCGCAGUGAAGCCGCCUUACAUUCGGUGGCAGGCGGCGGCGGGUCAACACCGCGAGGAGGAAGCACACAAUCGUCGAGUCGUGGUGUUACGCAGUCGAAUCGUUCUGCCACAUCGCUUACAAGACGACAAUCCGUGAACAUUCAUCAACAAGGAAGAGUGUCAAAAUCAAAAAGUGGCACCACAGAGGAGGGAAUUGCAGCAGCAGCAGCAACAGCAGGGCAGAGAGAUGGGACGAGUCGAAACGGGGAUUUGAAUGAAUUCUUUGAGAAUGCUUUCAAGGUGCCUGAUUUGGAGGUGUUAUUGGAUGGCGAGGUGAUUGAAAGACCCAGGUUGUUCGAGCCAUUCCAAGUUCGAUCGCAAGAGGAUCGUGAACGCUAUUUUGAACCGUGGCUGCGUGAAGAGGAACUCAGAGACACGGAGGCCGCGCAGCAAUUUCUUUACGAGCAAUUUGAUGAGGCGCUUGGAACGGAUCUGAGUAAGGCGAAAGAGGAGGUGAAACGUCGAGGAACACAAGAUUCGAGCGAACAUUCCGACAAUGGGGAUGAUAGUGACUACUCGAAUCGGGGAGACUUGGACACUGAAGAAGAAUUGAAGUUGUGCGACGAUGAGGUACUGCUUGAUGAAACGGCUUGUGAUAGUGAUAAUGAUAAGUCGACGUAUGAUUUUCAACGAUCACAUCAUGUUGUGAUUGGGCCAGUGGACGGUACGUUGAAUGGACGAGAUGAUACAGAGAGUAAUUAUUGGAGUGACUAUCGUUUCCUGCAUAAUCGUCGCGAUAGAUGUGUCGCAUANGAGCAAUCCGAGAGCAUGCUGGGUGGUUGUUACGACUGGCGAUUCGCGCGUCAACUGGUUUUGGGCGCUUGGGAUGCGCCGAUAUCGUUGUACUUGAGGUCACAUUAUCAGGCCGACAUGUUUGCACGGGUGUUGAAGACAAAUCUGCGGGAAUUGAUGAAACUGAAAUGUAAAGAGCGGCAGCAACAGAACGAGAAUGCUAAACAUCAACAGGAUGAUGGUGAUCGGGUGGUGGACGAUUUGGAUAGACUGCAUCGAACAGGGGAUGUGAAAAGUGAGGCGGCCGGAGAUGAGGUUCAUCCAAUCGAGGUUCAUCCAGACCUGUGGUUCUUGCUGGAUUUGGCCGCAUUCGUCGAGAUUGUCUAA